CGUGACAUUCAGCACAGACCAGAAGGAGAGCAGGGAAACCAGCCAGGGGAGAAAGUGGAUAAAUGUAUUUCCUGUCAGGAAACUCAGAAAGACCUCAAGGAAACCAAAACACAACAGGAAAUCCUGAGCGGAAAGAGAAAAAAGACAUGCACUCAGUGUGGGAAAAAUAUAUGUGAUUACUCCAUCCUUCUAAAGCAUCACAGAAUCCACACAGGGAAGAGGCCCUAUGAAUGCAGUGAGUGUGGAAAAACCUUCAGUCGCAGUUCGCACCUUAUUAGGCAUCAAAGAAUCCACACAGGGGAGAGGCCCCAUGAAUGCAGAGAGUGUGGGGAAAAAUUCAGGCACAGCUCAGUCCUUAUUAGGCAUCAGAGAAUCCACACAGGAGAGCGGCCCUAUGAAUGCAGUGACUGCGGGAAAACCUUCAGUCGCAGUUCACACCUUAUUAGGCAUCGGAGAAUCCACACAGGGAAGAGGUCCUAUGAAUGCAGUGAGUGUGGGAAAAGCUUCACUAGCAGAUCAGGCCUUUAUCAACAUCAGAGAAUCCACACAGGGAAGAGGUCCUACGAAUGCAGUGAGUGUGGGAAAAGCUUCACUAGCAGAUCAGGCCUUACUGGGCAUCAGAGAAUCCACACAGGGGAGAGGCCCUAUGAAUGCAGUGAGUGUGGGAAAACCUUCAAUCGCAGCUCAAACCUUCUUACCCAUCAGAGAAUCCACACAGGGGAGAGGCCCUAUGAAUGCAGUGAGUGUGGGGAAACCUUCAAUCGCAGCUCAGUCCUUAUUAGACAUCGGAGAAUCCACACAGGGGAGAGGCCCUAUGAAUGCAGUGAGUGUAGAAAAUGCUUCACUGAUAGCUCAGCCCUUUCUCAACAUCAGAGAAUCCACACAGGGGAGAGGCCCUAUGAAUGCAGUGAGUGUGGGGAAACCUUCAAUCGCAGCUCAGUCCUUAUUAGACAUCGGAGAAUCCACACAGGGGAGAGGCCCUAUGAAUGCAGUGAGUGUAGAAAAUGCUUCACUGACAGCUCAGCCCUUUCUCAACAUCAGAGAAUCCACACAGGGGAGAGGCCCUAUGAAUGCAGUGAGUGUGGGGAAACCUUCAAUCGCAGCUCAGUCCUUAUUAGACAUCGGAGAAUCCACACAGGGAAGAGGCCCUAUGAAUGCAGUGAGUGUGGAAAAACUUUCAGUCGCAGUUCACACCUUAUUAGGCAUCAGCGAAUCCACACAGGGGAGAGGCCCUAUAAAUGCAGUGAGUGUGGAAAA